AUGAUACCUCGUCGAUUUCUGUCGAUUGCUUCUGCAUUCUCCUUCUUCUCGCAGACAUGUAGUGCUCAGACCAUCACUCUCACAACUCAUGUCAGUGCUUGUAGCGCAACCUAUACAUCUGGCACGUCCACCACAGUUAUUCAGUCAACUGUGACUGUUCAACCUACGCCAUGGACUGACGCUGCCGCUAAUGGCGGUGCGCCAUUUGUGGUUCGAUUGCAGCAGGUUGAUGUCUCUGGUUACCCAGACCAGGAUAGCGCUCCAUACUGGCUCACUGCUAAUGGCAAUACCACUACCAAUUCGUCACUGGCAGCAGUUUACACCAUCAACCAAGGCCGACUUGCCACUCUGAACGGCAGUCAUGUCGCGACUAAUUUCAACGUCGUUGAUCAAGCAUUCGGCGUUACUGACUACGACCUGCCUAUUAAUACCACCUUCUCCGUCAACAACAGAAUGCUGAACUGGACCAACCCUCUGUUCACCAAUGGCACAGCACAGUUCUACAAGCUACCUCCAGAUUUGCUCGACAAUGCUUUAAUUCUUGCCAAGUUCCUUGGUCCCAUGGAGGCACAGAGAAGCUGGAGUCCAGUUAUACUCUACGUCGAACCCUUGGUAAACAAUGGCUCUGGAGUAGUCUCGUCUUCGGCUUCCUCCAGCGCUNNUCGGGUGCCCCCUUUGAGUACUGUAUCAGGCCUCUUGUCCAAUGGUGGAAGCUCCCAAGCUGCUUCGGCCUCUGGCUCAUCUGCAGCGGCCAUCGGGUCCUCGAUUGCAUCAAAGUUGUCAUCACAGCUGUCUUCCAUAGCCUCCUCAGCCUCAUCCGUCUCCUCGAUCGGCUCGAUGUCUUCCGCAAUGGCCCCUGGCAUGUCUUCAGGUGUUAUGUCCGCUCCCUCUAUGAUGGGAUCAAUGGCAUCAUCAUCCUCAUCGAUGGCCGUAGGAGUAUCUUCUCUUCCUGUCGGAGGGCCUGGUUCCGCUACCAGUGGUGCCAACUCUGCUUCCCUCAGUAGUCCGGCUUCUACCAGCGGAAUCGGCCCUGUCGUUAUCCCAAGUUCGAGCACUGCCAGUUCUGCCUCACCUUCGAGCAGUACGCCCCCUCAGACGACAUACUCAUGCCCUGUCAACAACGGAGAGAUGGUUCAAUCCAACAUNGGGGGCAUGUAUCAACUUGGUUGCAAUGAGGCUCUGUCUGGUGGAGGUGCCACUCAACGUGCUGGAUCCGCUACCAAUUUCAACGGCUGUAUGACACUCUGUGAUCAAACUAAUGGCUGUACAGCAUGGACAUUCGACGGUGCUGGCAGCUGUUACGUACAAACCGGUACCUCUUCUGCUGGCACCACGUUCCAGCCUGCUAUUACACAAACACAAGGCACAGUAUCUGGUAUCAGAAAUGUACCGGCUCGUCCUGGUAGCGUUGGAAGUGCUUCUUCAAGCGCUUCGAUGGGUUCUACUGCAGUCUUGCCGUCAUCUUCCAGUGCUCUGGCAGUCUCUUCUGGUAGCGGACCUGUUUCGUCUGCCUCUACGAGCCAAUCGAUUCCCUCUGCCUCCGUUAGCCAACCUGCUUCGUCUGCUGUUCAGCCUAUUUCCUCUGCUGCUCAAUCCGUCUCCUCGGCUUUGAGUGCAGGGUCAUCGUCGGUUUCCAUAUCUUCCUCUCUCUCGUCCUUGUCCUCUUCCACUCCAGUUGCUCCUAUCUUGUCUAUAGGAAUAGGGGAACAAGACUCAUCUUCACGUGCUGCCUCGAGCAGCUCUCCUGGAGUAGCAUCAAGUGCCUCUGCCCCGAUCACCUCUUCUGUUGGAUCUUCUGCUGGAGCCUCCUCCUCUUCUUCUCAACCAGCUUCGAUUGCCACAUCAGCUAGCUCGAUUUCCUCUGCACCAUCCGCUAUCAUAUCGCAGACCAGUUACUCCUGUCCAUCAGUGGAUAACCAGACAGUCGUCGAUUCUACCGGUGCCACUUAUCAGAUCAGGUGCAGUUCAGACACGACGCUGGGCGGGACCAAUUCUGGCUCUACACCAGAUUUCAAUGGCUGUAUGACAAAGUGCGACAACACUGCCGGUUGUGGCGGCUUUGUUUACGUUGGUGCUACGAACGGAAACUGCUAUCUCAAGUCGCCUGGCACUGGAGGGCUUCAUUUCGUGGCAAGUACUUCGGACCAUACUGCUGGUAUCAGGAAUGGUGUGGCUGGCAGUCCCUCAUCUACCGUCUCCACGACUGUUAGUGCGGGUCCNCCGGGCGCUACAGUAUCGCAGGCUAGCUAUUCCUGCCCGGCAAACAACAACGAAACAGUCGUUGAUCCCAACGGCGCCAGCUACCUCAUCAUGUGUGGCUCAGACACCACACUUGGCGGUACAUUGUCUGGUUCUGCGAACGAUUUCAAUGGUUGUAUGCUGCAAUGCGACGCUGCUCCUGGCUGUGGUGGUUUCACCUAUAUCGGAAGUCUUCGAAAUUGUUAUCUCAAGGAUCCUGGCUCCGGAGGUCUUGCGUUCGCUUCAGGUCCUGCAGAUUAUGUGGGUGGUAUCAGAUACGGGAUAGCUAGUCCUUCUGGCUAUACAUCUACCAGUAGUGCGGCCGCAGCUACGAGUCCUGCUGCUGCUGCCUCGAGUGGAACUGGUUCUAGCUCUGGCUCGGGUCCAGGCUCAGGAACUGGUUCUGGAGCGGGAGCUGGAAGUAGUAGUGCCGCUGCUGCUUCAUCUUCGCCUGCAUGUUCUGCCCCUCCUCUUCCCUCUGGUAGCGGCAGCCCUACAGUUGUCAACCCUGAUGGCUCAACAUCGACUUACAACGGUCUGCUUGCCAGUCCAACACGCUGUGACUUUGGUGACCCGAUUGACACUGAAGAAGACGAUUCGUACUGUGAAAUUGACCUUCCCUUCGCCAUGAAGAUCUAUGGAGGCUCGUCGAACGUGACUUGGGCCACCACUAAUGGCGUAAGUAGUUUCCUGAUAUACUUUGUUUACAAAUUUACUGACCAUACAAAUCUANNGCUUCUGACUUUGAUUCAGAGCACCGCUAGCUACGACAAUGGACCUGGCCUCCCUAACCCUUACAUUCCCUUGUACGCCGCAGCACCCUUCUUUGAUGACCUGAUCAAGAACGGAGACAAUCUCGACAUGGGUAUCUUCUACAACGUCUCGGCCACCGCUGUGAUGUACGAGUACCGUCUCGCUCGUGGCGGCACCUACGAGACUUAUCAUUUCACCGUUGCCUACGACAGCACCAACCCUGGCGUCUUUGUCUACAGAUACUAUGAAGUUGGUCAAGAUCAAGGUUCCGCCAGCGCGAACAUCGGUAUCCAAGGAUCUAACGACGGUAGCACGCAAAUUGCCGUCAACUUCUCUAACCAAAAGGCUGGUGCUGUUGUGGUGGGCUCGACCUUGACUUGCAACACUGCCGCUUCCNNCCCUGCUAGUUGCGUGCUCUCCUGUUAG